AUGAUAUUCACCUGUACAACUUCUACACCAUCCACUUCAUACCAUACCACCACCAUUUCUACAGCAAAUGAUACCACAGUAGAUACUAGUGCUGCAGAAACUGUCGUAGCUACUGCUACUAUAACAGAAGAUGCUGAGAAACUGGCCCCAUUAAUUCCAUGGGUUUUUAAGAGCGUGAAUUUGACAGAGUUAUUCACAAAAUUCCAGAAAGCCGUUCAACGAAUAUCGACCGACCGCUUGUGCUUCAUCAAAUCAUCCAUACACAAGCUUUUGGCCUUGUCCAACAUCUUUCUUUUAUGCCCUAGCCUAUACAUCCCGUUAUGCAUCAAUAUUUUUACUGAAGACGUUCUUUCCGACCUUAACAAAGAACUGUUGACUGAAUGUAUGGACUUCAGCCAGGAUAUGAGUAAUGACACAUGUAUGAAACUAAGCCGAAUAAUUGACGAUGUGGAAUCAAAUAGACUUUCAAAGGGCGGUGCCGAGAUUGAUCUUUUGAACGAUCUUUGGUGUGGGGCAUUAAAACUGGAUAACCCAUUGCGAAGAGUAUGA